AUGGAGAGCCUGCAGCGGCAGCAAGCGGCCCGCCUGGCCCGCGGCCCCGACGGCGCUCCCCGACGGUCCUCGGUCGAGCCCGGCCCCGGGCCGCCGCCGGCCGCUCCCCGCCGCCGCCCGGCCCCCGGCCCGCACCCGCCGCCCACCGCCGCGGGGGAGGAGGAAGAGGAGGAGGAGGAGGAGGAGGAGGAGGAAGAGGAGGAGGAGGAGGAGGAAGAAGGGGAGCCCCGCGACCCGCCGCCCCCCCCGCACCACGAGUGGACCUACGAGGAGCAGUUCAAGCAGCUCUACGAACUGGAUGAGGACCCAAAACGCAAGGAGUUCCUGGACGACCUCUUUGGGUUCAUGCAGAAGAGAGGGACACCCGUGAACCGCAUCCCCAUCAUGGCCAAGCAAGUGCUGGACCUGUACACACUGUACCGACUGGUGACGGACAAGGGUGGCCUGGUCGAAGUCAUCAACAAGAAGAUCUGGCGGGAGAUCACCAAGGGCCUCAACCUACCUACCUCCAUCACCAGCGCUGCCUUCACCCUCCGCACGCAAUACAUGAAGUAUCUGUAUCCCUACGAAUGUGAGAAGCGGGCACUCAGCUCUCCCGGGGAGCUCCAAGCCGCCAUCGACAGCAACCGGCGGGAAGGACGGAGGCAGACUUUUGGCACGGCGCUCUUCAACUACUCACCAGCCAGCACCCCAACCCUGCUGGGCUCCCCAAAAAUGCCUCUGCCGGCUCUUAGCAUCUCCACGCACAGCUGCAGCCAGCUCAGCCAAGUGCAUGCUGUUAAGAAAGAGGACGGCAUGCUGGCGGCAGCAGUGCCAGGGCGCAUCGCUAUCCCGGUGGGACUGGCCGGCCACCACCUCGCAGCAGCUCAAGCAACAGCCGCCUCGCAGGCAGCGGUGCUGGAGCAGCUGCGGGAGAAGCUGGAGACGGGGGAGCCCCCAGAGAAGAAGGUGGCCCUGACCGCAGAGGAGCAGCAGCGGCUGGUGCAACACACGCUGCAGCACAACCUCCUGGCCGUGGCCUCCCAGUUCCCCAUGAACAUCAAGAUCUCCAACCGAGAUGACAGACAGGAGACCGCAUUGAACCUGUCCACCAACGGCAUUAGCAGUAUCAACAUGUCAAUAGAAAUAAAUGGAGUUGUCUACACAGGCGUCCUGUUCGCCCGCCGGCCCCCGGCCCCCUCGGCACCCAGUGGAGGGAGCACCCAGAGCCGGCCGAACACUGUACCCACCCCGAACCCACUGCUCCCAACCCCUUCGCACAGCCACACUCCCGCCAGCACCUCGCUGUAG